AUGUAUCCACCAUCUCCUUCUCUAUUUCACUCUUCCCAUCUUUCCCACAUCUUCCACUCCCUGUCUUUUCCUAAUCCACAUCUCUAUCUCUUCAUCUUUAUCCACUGUUUCUGCCUCUCUGCAUUACAUCUUUCCCAUAAUUCUCUUCCCAUCUAUCCCAGUCUUUUUCUAAUUUAUCCACUGUUCCCCAUCUAUCCUCUCUUUCAUCUACAUCUUUCCCAUAAUUCUCUUCCCAUCUAUCCCAGUUCUUUUCUAAUGUAUCCACUGUUCUGUUUCCCUCUGCAUUACAUCCACAUCUAUCUCUUAAUUCACUCUAAUCUAUCUCUCAUCUUUAUCCACUGUUCCUGCCUGCCUCUGCAUUACAUCUUUCCCAUAAUUCUCUUCCCAUCUAUCCCAGUCUUUUCUAAUUUAUCCAUGUUCCUGCUCUCAUUACAUCUUUCCCCAUUUCCACUCCAUCUAUCCUGUUCUUUUCUAAUCUAUGUAUCCACAUCUAUUUUUAAUCUAUCUCUUCAUCUGUUCUAUUUCCACUCUAGGGGUCUGUUCCAGAUUUCCUCCAGGGUUUCUGUUCUCUUUCCAUCUACAUCUUUUCUAAUUCCACUCCCAUCUAUCCCUGUCUCUUCUAAUCUAUCUCUUCAUCUGUUCUAUUUCCACAUCUGUCUCUUCCAUAUGUCUCAGUUAUCCACUGUUCCUGCCUCUCUGCAUUACAUCUUUCCCAUAAUUCUCUUCCCAUCUAUCCCAGUCUUUUCUAAUUUAUCCACUGUUUCUGCCUCUCUGCAUUACAUCUUUCCCAUAAUUCUCUCCCAUCUAUCCCAGUCUUUUCUAAUGUAUGUAUCCACAUCUCUUCUAAUCUAUCUCUUCAUCUGUUCUAUUUCCACUUUCCACCAUUUAUCCACUUCUUUUGCCUCUCUGCAUUACAUCUUUCCCAUAAUUCUCUUCCCAUCUAUCCCAGUCUUUUCUAAUGUAUGUAUCCACUGUUUCUGCCUCUCUGCAUUUGGGGUAUCCUGUCUUUCCCAUAAUUCUUCUUCCCAUCUAUCCCAGUCUUUUCUAAUGUAUGUAUCCACAUCUCUUUCUAAUCUAUCUCUUCAUCUUCUCUAUUUCCACAUGCCAUGUUCUCUUUCCAAAUGUUCUCAGUUAUCCACUGUUCUCUCCCUCUCUCUGCAUCUUUUCCGCUCUAAUGGUAGCCUGUUCUCUUUCAAAUGCUCAUUAUCCUGUCUUUCCCUAGGGUCUUCCCUGUUCUCUUCCCAUCUAUCCCAGUCUGUAUCCACAUUUUCUAUUUCCAAUGCAUGUAUUUCCAGUUAUCCUGUUCUCUUUCCUCUCUGCAUUAAUCUUCCUAUUUCUCUUCCCAUCUAUCCUGUUCUUUUCUAUUUCCAUUCUUCUCCAUCUAUCUCUUCAUGUUCUAUUUCCACUCUAUGCCCUGUCUCUUUCCACUCUAUCCACUGUUCUGCCUCUCUGCAUUACAUCUUUCCCAUAAUUCUCUUCCCAUCUGUCCCAGUCUUUUCUCUAAUUCUCUUCCAAUCUAUCUCUAAUGUUCUGUUUCCAUCCACAUUUCUCUUUUCCAAUCUAUCUCUUCAUCUGUUUCUAUUUCCACAUGCCAUGUUCUCUACAUCUUUCCUGUUCUCCAAAUGGGUCUGUUCUAUUUCCUCUCUGGGGUACAUCUUUUCUAUUUCUCUUCCCAUCUAUCCCAGUCUUUUCUAUUUCCACUCUAAUCUAGCUGUUCUCUUUUCUACUCUCCACAUCCUGUUCUAUUUCCACUCUCAGGGUAUCCACUGUUCUGUUCUUCAUCUUUCCCAUCUUUCCAUCUUCCCCAGUCUUUUUUCUAAUAUGUCUCAGUUAUCCACUGUUUCUGCCUCUCUGCAUUACAUCUUUCCCAUAAUUCUCUUCCCAUCUAUCCCAGUCUUUUCUAAUUCCAUGUAUCCACUAAUCUAUCUCUUCAUCUCUAUUCCACAUGUUCUCUUUCCAUCUCAUCUCCUUCUAAUCUUUCCCCAUCUCUUCCCAUCUAUCCCAGUUCUAUUUCCACAUCUCCUAUGUCCUUCAUUCUAUUUCAAUGCCAUGUCUCCUGUUCUCAUUAUCCACUGUUUCUGCCUCUGUUCAUUACAUCUUUCCCAUAAUUCUCUUCCCAUCUAUCCCAUUCUGCCUUUCAUUACAUUUCCCAUAAUUCUCUUCCCAUCUAUCCCAGUCUUUUCUAAUGUUGUAUCCACAUCUCUUCUAAUCUAUCUCUUCAUCUGUUCUAUUUCCACAUUCUCUUCCAGAUGUCUCAGUUAUCCACUGUUUCUUUCCUCUCUGCAUUACCUGUUCUUUUCCUCUAAUUCUCUUCCCAUUAUCCCUCUUCUUUUUCUAAUUCUAUUUAUUCUGUUUCUGCCUCUCUGCAUUACAUUUCUUUUCCAUAAUUCUCUUCCCAUCUAUCCCAAUGUCUCAGUUAUCCACUGUUUCUGCCUCUCCACUCUAUCUUUCCCUGUUCUCUUUCCAUCUAUCCCAGUCUUUUCUAAUUUCCACUCUCUUCUAAUCUAUCUCUUCAUCUUUAUCCACUGUUUCUGCCUGUUCAUUUUCAUCUUUCCCCUGUUCUAUUCCCAUCUAUCCCAGUUCUUUUCUAAUCUAUGUAUCCACAUCUCUUUCCCAUCUAUCUCUUCAUCUGUUCUAUUUCCACAUGCCAUGUCUCUUCAGGGGUCCACUGUUUCUGCCUCUUCCAUUCAUUCCCAUGUUCUCUUUCCAUCUAUCCCAGUCUUUCUAUUUCCACUCUCUUUUAAUCUAUCUCCAUCUGUUCUAUUUCCACUCUCUUUUCCAUCUUUAGCCUGUUCUAUCCCAUCUAUCCUGUUCUUUUCCAAUGUAUGUAUCCAUCUCUUUCUAAUCUAUCUCUUCAUCUUUAUCCACUGUUUCCUCCUCUCUGUUCUAUUUCAUCUUUCCCAUAAUUCUCUUCCCAUCUAUCCCAGUUCUUUUCUAAUUUAUCCACUGUUCCUUUCCUCUCUGCAUUACAUCUUUUCCAUUUUCUCUUCCCAUCUAUCCCAGUCUUUUCUAAUGUAUGUAUCCACAUCUCUUCUAAUCUAUCUCUUCAUCUGUUCUAUUUCCACAUCCAUGUCUCUUCCAGUGUCUCAGUUCCAUAUCUUUCCAUAA